UCUCUCGGCGAUUUGUCACCAGGGUCUGGAGCAGAGGGUCUGUUGUCUGCCGUCGGACCAGUUCCCUCUCCACCCCGAGUACAGUAUACAUAUAAUAUGAUUCCCGGUGGAGCCGCACACCACUCAUUGGGACAUCAGCCUGCUGCCGUGGACACCGGGCACCGGACCUCCGUCCCUCUCCUCUGCAUAUUUGGGCCGUAGACGCGCCGACUGGACGUCGUGCUCGUCGUCUACUUUUCGUGACUAAAACAAAGGGUGAAUGUGCUCGACCAUUAUCUGUUUUGACUACGGGGUAUUCCGCAACAAUGGCAAGUUGUGAAUAUGGUAAUCUCCUCGUUCUAAUUUUAGUCGCGUUUGAACUGGCACGGACUCCCGCGUCGUCGUCGGCCCGCUUCGGCUGUUUGCAAACGGCGCGCCGCCGCGCACAGCCACGUGACCCGUCUGCUCGCCGCGGAGGCGCCGAUUGGCCGACGCGGCCUCGCGCUCGGACCCGCGCGGUCUUUAGGCUCGAGCUCGCGUGCACCGUGACACAGACGCGCUGUGGCGGCGCGCGGGCAGGCGGCUUUUCGAGAAUCUCGUGUCGCCGCCGGGCGCUUUGUUUCGGACGCGCCUGUUUGCGGAAUAAUUGCAUUUUUCAUGGUUUGCAUCAAACACUUUUUCCACCCCGGAUUACUUCAGUGGCAUUUAUUUACAUAUGACAUAGCAGCCACCGGACUUCGGGGAAUUUCCCAAUUUACGAGUGAAUUCAUCAUGUGCGGCAGAGUUAGCAGAUCCAGAAACAUCGACGGCUUCGCGACUCCUUAAAAUUCGGAAGAGUCGGAUGUUUUUUUUUCUUUUUUUUUUUAAAGUAAGAAAACUCUGCCAGGGACUGUUUGCCCUAAAAAAAGGAAAUUUACCCCAGCAGUCGGGAGUAUUGUUGUAACAGAAAUAUAAGUUAUAACAAGACGUUGGGGCAAGUCUUUCUUCUCGACUUCUGCAUCUUUUUAAAUAAUUAGCCCUAACGGUGGGUGCUAUAUAUAUAUAUUUUGACGGUGGAAUAACUUGGGCGAAGAUUUUAAAAAGGCCAUUCAUUCAGUAACAUCUGUGCAUCUUACACGGGGACUUGGAUGUCCGUAACAGUUUUUGCUGGUUUUGUUUUGCACUCACCUAUCUCCUUCUGUGUUUGGAGUUGGCGUUUGGACUUGGCCCCCCCAACCCAGUUGCUCACCGUACACCCAAUUUUUACUUCACGAAGGGAGGUGGUCCCUGGUUAUGUGCUCGUUUGUGUCUGAACGGCCAAAAGAAAGCCAUGCACCUCAAGGAGAGGCCCAGUCCCGUCUUUUUGGUGAUCGCGCCCCCGGCCCCACCAUGCUGAACGAUGAAUCGUCCCUCGUCUACGUCGUGCUCGAGCUGGCGAUCGCUGUGCUGGCUGUGCUGGGCAACGCGUUGGUCUGCUGGGCCGUCAGCCUCAACAGCAAUCUCCAAAAUGUCACCAACUUCUUCGUGGUGUCGCUGGCGGCAGCUGAUAUCGCCGUGGGCGUGCUUGCCAUCCCCUUCGCUAUUGCCAUCAGCACAGGCUUCUGCGCUUACUUCUUUGGCUGCCUCUUCAUCGCCUGCUUCGUAUUGGUGCUCACACAGAGCUCCAUCUUCAGUCUUCUGGCCAUUGCCAUGGACCGGUACAUCGCGAUCAAGAUGCCUCUACGGUACAACAGCCUGGUAACAGGCAAUCGUGCCAAGGGGAUCAUUGCGGUGUGCUGGGUGCUGUCAGUGGUCAUUGGCUUGACACCCAUGCUGGGCUGGAACAAGGGUGCCAGGAGCACCAACAGCUCCUGCCCCAGGGGCAUGAUGGCAUGCCUCUUUGAGGAGGUGGUCAGCAUGGACUACAUGGUUUACUUCAACUUCUUUGGCUGUGUACUGGUGCCUCUGAUUCUCAUGCUUGGGAUCUACCUGCGUAUCUUCAUGGCUGCCCGGCGCCAGCUGAAGAGAAUAAAUCUCAAGGGGGCGGGGUCACAUGGGGAGAAGUCAGGCUCCACUUUGCAGAAGGAGGUCCAUGCUGCAAAAUCACUGGCCAUCAUCGUUGGUCUCUUCGCGAUCUGCUGGCUGCCCUUGCAUUUCAUCAACUGCUUCACCCACUUCUGCCCUGGCUGUGCCCGGCCGCAUCCCAGCAUCUUGUACUUGGCCAUCGUCCUCUCCCAUGCCAACUCGGUGGUCAACCCGCUCAUCUAUGCUUACCGGAUCCGUGAGUUCCGGCACACCUUCCGCAGGAUCAUCCGCCACCAUGUGUUGGGUCGACGCCAGAGCCACGGGGGCAGCCAGGGCAGCGGGCGUAGCACCAACUGGCAUACUUCCAGUUGGCAAACCUCCACGAACCUCAACACCAGAGACCCUAGUGCCUCCCAGGGCAAUGGAUUUGCUUUGGACUCAAAUGCUGAGCCUGGCUCAAACCCUUGUCUCAGCCACGUAGAACCUAAGGAGGCCAUGCUGACUCUUAGUCCCUGGAAGCCUUGUGGUGUUCCAGGUAGCCCCAUGAUUGGCGUGCCUCACGCUACCCAGCUGAGUGAACUGCCCUGCGUGGCUGGACAGCCGGUUCAGAGAGGAGUCACGCCCUCCACCCCCAAGGGACUGGGAAUUACAGAUAUGAUGGAUACAGAUGGGACCUCCAGUGUGCAUGCCAAACUGCCUCUCUGCAGAUGGACACCAAGGUGUCCGGCGCUUACACAGGUGUCUUGAUGGCUCCCGAGGACUGAUGAUGGUCCAGCAUUUCAUUAAAUACACUUUGGUAUUUAUUUUCUUGAAGGAAAGACCAAAAUGCAGAGUGUACAAGUAGCAUCUGUCCAGCAGCUUCCACCAGCACUCCAACUGAAGUCAUUUUUGGGGGAAGUGGGGAGUACAAUUAGACAGGUAGUUUCCGGAUCGGAACCAGCAGGUGACUGUAGCAGCCGUUGGGCAUCAUCAUGUACCUUUAAAAUAAUCAUCACUGAACACCUAAUUUUGUUGUCCUCUUUAAUGGCAAAUUGACUGGUUUCAGGAGAAAAAAAAAAACCUCAUAUGAGCAGCAGAUCCCAGGUUUAGACAUUAUACAUGAAAUGAGAACAUACAGUCGUGAUUAUAAAUCCUGGGGUAUAACAAAGUAAACAGAUUGUCCCCAUUACACGGCACUGUAAUAUAUGCUCUUUUGCCCAUGUGCUGCCCUUCUUUGUGACCAUGUCUCAUUAUAGGACACUUUACCCCACAGAUACACCAAUAAAUACUUUAAGGGAUGCAUUAUAACUUGAAAGGAAA